AUGUCUGAACCAGCAGAAGUUCGUUUAGUUCGUUGUCCAAAGUGUGAGAAUUUACUUCCAGAGCUUACUGAUUACUCUGUUUAUCAAUGUGGAGGUUGUGGUGCUCUUCUAAAAGCUAAGAACAAAGGUGUUGAAUUGGAUACAUUAUCAGAAAAGUCUAAUGAAGAAAGGGCUGGUGGAAUUUCCGAGAAACUUUCGGAUAUAUACCAGGAAAAUGUAUCGGACAAGAGAACAAUGGAAUUGAGUGAUAACUCCGAAAGUGAUGUGAGGUCAAAUAUUAGUUCUUCGAGCAGAGUAGAGAGAAGGGUCAUGCAUGAUAGUGUUGAAGUUUAUAGGAAUAGUUUGAAUACUAAAGGUGAAAAGUGUGGUGUUGAGGAUGAUAUGAUUCAAGAUAAAACAACCGAUGAACUACAUGGAGCGAAAAUUGCUAAAGAUUUAGAGGACUUGAGGUUAUAUAAUGAGGAUGAGAAUGGGUUGCGAAGACCCUGGCGUAUGAUGAAUUGGAGAAACCGGGAGAGAAGAGAAAUGGAGGGAUUUGGAAGGGAUCGGAGAAUGGAUGUAGAAGGUAUGGAAUAUGCAACUUUGACCUAUUCUGAAGAGGGUCUUCCAGAUGAUGUGAUGCAAAAUAAAAGUACUAAUGAACUACAUGGAGCCAAAAUUUCUCAAGAUUUAGAGGAUCUGAGGAUGUAUAAUGAGAACGAAAAUGGGUUGCGAAGAUCCAAGCCUAUGAUGAAUUGGAGAAAUGGGGAGAGAAGCAAAAUGGAGGAAUUUCGAAGGGCUCAAAGAACGGAUGUAGACGGUAUGAGAUAUUGGAAUUCAAUAUAUUCAGGAGAGGAUCUUCCAAAUUUCCAGUCUAAAUCCUAUUAUGAAUAUGAAGAUCCGGAGAAGAGAAGGAAUGACACCAAUGGAUUUGAAAAGGUUGACUACGUUGGACAAGAUAGAGCUGAGAUUUUGAGGAAGUUGGAUGAGCUGAAGGAUCAGCUUAGUCGGUCUGGUGAAAUUGUUGAGAAGGGUAAAGAAAAGGUUCCUCUUGACAGGAAGGCAUUUUAUCAAGAUCCUUAUGUUGGUUCUGCAAAUUGGUAUCCCGAUGGCUCUUCGGGAUUUAACAGGGCAUCAACGCAAUACUCCUACCCCAAUAAACAAUACGGAAGACAGCCUUAUUUGAAUCACUAUUCCGAGCCAUCUUCUUUGAUGCAAAGGCACGAAAUGGAAGGUAAUGGCUUUUAUCCUCCUGGGUAUGCUCCAAAUCAUCUCCACGAAUUUGAGGAUCCAUUGAGGUCUCAAAUGCUCGGGAGACGUCCCCACCAAACCCAUCCUUCUUUUCAACAACCUCGAUCUCAUGCUUAUUAUGCUGGACAAUACAUGGAUCAUGAUAUGGUUUAUAUGGGUCAGAUGGAAUCAUAUCCUCCUAAUGUUAAUAGCCACCAUCCAUCUUGCCCUUGUUUCCAAUGCCACAAUAAAAGACAAGUCAUCCCCCUUCCUGUUCUACCUACUGGCUUCACUGAUGAAAGGUUAUUGGAAGUCCCAGAUGAUUUGAUUCUUAAUCAUCAUGGAACUCUCGGUUCAUUUGGUCCCCGAGAUUAUAACUCCAGAAUUACUAAUCCUCCGCCCUUGAGAUCUCAUAUUUCUGAAUUGCACUCUAGACGGCCUAGUGACAUGAACUCAGAAGUGGAUGGUUUUACUCGUCGCCAUCAGCCUAGGGUACAUCCAUCUGGUGGCGGAAGACAUUGUCGCCCUAUAGCUGGCGGUGCUCCGUUCUUGACAUGCUACAAUUGUUUUGAGUUGCUGCAAUUGCCUAAGAAAGUUUUGACCAAGGAGAAAAACAAAAAGAAAAUGAUAUGCGGGGCAUGUUCUACAGUAAUUUUGUGUGCAAUUUCCAACAAGAAAUUAGUCGUCUCUAUUCAUGAAGAAGCAAAGGGUACUCCUUUAACGGUUGAUGGUGAUUAUGAUGUGGUGUCAAAAGAAGGUAAUUCAUAUGUCCAUAGACAUUUGAAACAGGCUACCGCAACAUUUUCAUCUGAGGAUUACGAAAAUGUUGGUUAUGAUUUCCAAUCAAUGGAUAACGAAUUCAGAUCACUGUCAACCAGAGAGGAAACCUCAAGCAAGUCUGCAGAAAUGAAGAAUUUUGAGGCAGAAGAAUACUUUGACCAUUCAACUGCGACUAGAAAUGACUCGAAAUCAGCUGAGGUGGCAACAAAGGGAAAAGAACCUCCACCUUCUGCAGGUUCUCCACUUCAAGAUUACUUUGAGUAUUCUAACAAGUAUCGUGUGGCAAAUCAUUUUGAAGAUGGACACAUAAGUGUACGGUCUGAACGGGACAAGCCACUUCCAAACAAAAGUACUACUUGGGAGAAUUCAAUGAAAGACUCGUCAUCGGCAACUGAGAUAGAUAUAUCAUCAAAUGAGUACUCUAAUACUGGGACAUCGCUAGAUUCAGGUAAUGCAAGCCGAGAAGGUGAUCGACUCAGACGGAGGAGAGCAGCUGAGUCGUUUUUCGCUGGUAUCAUUAAGAAGAGCUUUAAGGAAUUUAAUAGAUCGAACCAAACUGUCGAGCUGGAAAAGGCUAAUGUUACAGUUAAUGGGCAUCUUAUACCGGAUCGCCUGAUUAAAAAGGCUGAAAAACUGGCUGGACCAAUCCAAGUUGGACACUACUGGUAUGAUUUUCGAGCUGGAUUUUGGGGUGCAGUUGGAGGUCCUUGUCUUGGCGUAAUACCACCAUUUAUUGAGGAAUUUAACUAUCCAAUGCCGGAAGAAUGUGCUGGUGGAAACACACGUGUUUUUGUAAAUGGUAGAGAACUUCACCAAAAAGAUAUGAAUUUGUUGGGGAGUAGAGGUCUUCCAACUGAUAGAGAUAAAUCUUACAUUAUCGAGAUAUCUGGUCGAGUCCUGGAUGAGGACACGGGCGAAGAGCUACAAAGCCUCGGCAAGCUUGCUCCAACUGUAGAAAAGGCUAAGCGCGGAUUUGGUAUGAGAGUGUCCAAAACAGCUACCUGA